ACUCCUGGGGUGGGGGUAUGGAUGUAUAGCAGGAGACAUGGCGAGUGUUAAUUUGGGUGAAUGACGAUUAUUGCGUGAUAUUAUUAUUUUAUAGUGCCGAAAGUGUAUUUGUUGAACAAUUUCGUUUCCUCAGCUUGCGUUUGAAGUUAAUGAAAAGUGAAAAUGCAGAAUGUUGGACAAGAGUCGGGUGCGGAAAGUCAAAAACUUGAUAAAGUAAGUUCACACGAAAUAGGGAAAUCGUCUACUCCCCAAUCUUCGAAUUCUAGUCCGACAAAAUCGGAUUCGGACCCGUUCUCGGAACUCAAUCCAAGGUUUUUAUCGGAUUCGUCGGAAAGCGAGGAAGAGGACGUUUCCGAGGUGGAAUCUUUUGUGAUCGACCAAGUUGCAGAUUUGGACGAUUCAGAUGCAAGAUUACAGCCAUCCAAAUUCCUUCUUGCGCAGGAAGAUCCCGAACACUCUGUGGAUCCUGAAACGCAAGCAAGACUUGAAGCGCUUUUGGAAGCAGCAGGUAUAGGGAAACUGGCAUCAGGGGAUGGAAAACAACUGGCUGACCCUGAGGUCCUUCGGAGGUUAACAUCAAGUGUCUCUUGUGCCCUUGAUGAAGCAGCUGCUGCACUUACCAGAAUGAGAACAGAAAACCCAAGACCACAACCAGAAAGAACACUGGUUGAAGCUUGCACUGAUGGAGAUGUUGGCACUGUCAGAAAACUCCUAACAGAAGGUAGAAGUGUCCAUGAAACAACUGAUGAAGGAGAAAGUCUUCUGUCCUUGGCUUGUUCGGCAGGCUAUUAUGAAUUAGCUCAGGUUCUAUUAGCAAUGCAUGCUAACGUGGAGGAUAGGGGCAUUAAAGGAGAUUGUACACCUUUAAUGGAAGCAGCAUCAUCUGGUUAUGUUGAUAUCGUUAGAUUAUUGAUACAUCAUGGUGCUGAUGUUAAUGCCCAAUCUUCUUCAGGAAAUACACCUUUAAUGUAUGCAUGUGCUGGUGGUCAUCUUGAUGCUGUAAGAGUUCUGUUGGAUGCCGGAGCCAAUGUAGAAGACCAUAACGAAAACGGACACACUCCCUUGAUGGAAGCGGCCAGUGCUGGCCAUGUCCAAGUAGCAGAGAUCCUAUUAGAACGAGGGGCUGGAAUUAACACCCAUUCCAAUGAGUUUAAAGAAUCAGCUCUUACCCUUGCAUGCUACAAAGGCCAUCUUGAUAUGGUCCGGUUUCUUCUUGAAGCUGGAGCUGAUCAGGAGCAUAAAACAGAUGAGAUGCACACCGCUCUCAUGGAAGCCUCAAUGGAUGGUCAUGUUGAAGUAGCUAGGCUACUACUAGAUUCUGGAGCUCAAGUAAAUAUGCCAACAGACAGUUUUGAGUCACCUCUAACCUUAGCAGCUUGUGGAGGGCAUGUUGACCUUGCUCUUCUUCUUAUCGAAAGAGGAGCAAAUAUUGAAGAAGUUAAUGAUGAAGGUUAUACUCCAUUGAUGGAAGCUGCACGUGAAGGGCAUGAAGAUAUGGUUGCUAUUUUAUUAGUAAAAGGAGCGAACAUAAAUGCUCAAACUGAAGAAACUCAAGAAACAGCUCUAACAUUGGCCUGUUGUGGAGGAUUUUUAGAAGUAGCAAAUUUUUUAAUUAAAAAUGGAGCUGAAAUCGAACUAGGUGCUUCAACCCCACUAAUGGAAGCAGCGCAAGAAGGCCAUUUAGAGCUUGUUAGAUAUUUAUUAGAAGUACAUGCAGAUGUGAAUGCUCAAACACAAACCGGGGAUACAGCACUAACUUAUUCUUGUGAAAAUGGUCAUACUGAAGUUGCCAAACUGUUACUUCAAUAUGGAGCAGACUUGGAGCACGAAAGUGAAGGAGGAAGAACUCCGUUAAUGAAAGCCUGCCGGGCUGGUCAUGUUUGCACUGUUAAGUUCCUUUUGUCUCAAAAUGCAAACGUUAAUAAGCAGACGACAAACAACGACCAUACCCCACUUUCGCUAGCUGCUGCAGGUGGUCACAUUGCUGUAGUUGAUCUUCUGCUGUCCCAAUCUGCAAAUCCAUUUCAUAAGUUAAAGGAUAACUCGACCAUGUUAAUUGAAGCUGCUAAAGGAGGUCAUACUAAUGUUGUUCAACUUCUUCUUGACUAUCCUCAUUCUAUAAUGAUGAGAGGAGAGCAGCAGGGAACUCCCGGUCUUCAGGAAGUACCUGAUGCUGUACGAACUGUUACCGGUCAAGAGGAAGUUAAGCAGCAACAGCAGCAACCUCCACCACCUCCUCCUCCACCUCAACAGCCUCAUACUGGGAGGGUAACGGACCAAGUUCCACCACCUCAACUACCUAAUCCUGCGGGUAAUGCUACCUCAGGUGCAAGUAGCAAACAUAACAGUACAAACAUAAGUGGAACUGGCCUAAAAGUAUUUCGUAAAGCGAGACUCAUACCACCUCUCGAGUCAAACAACUUAACAUCGCCUGAAAUUCAACAGGUGAGAAAUCAACCUUCCCAGUCUUCUGAACAUGCUAAAGAUGAAGCUAUGAUAGUAAAACCUCCCACACCUCUUUCUCUGGAAACACAGUUUUUUCAAAGACAACAAAUAGUUGAAGAACUUCAGAGGGUAGAACAGGAAUUGAAAGAACAUGGACCUCUGUCUCCUACAAGUGGUUUGAAUAAUCUCCUAACUCCUACUACACCACCAGGACCACCUCCUGAUUCUAUUUCCCAAGGAGGUGCAGGUGACCUGAUUCAACUUUUCUGCGAAGGUAUGAUGUGUGCAUCAACUGGUGUGUUUCAUGCUGGGAACCACAAUCAAGGAUUGAUGGUUCACAGCACGGUUACAUCUCAAUCUCCGAUCCAACUUCCGACAUCAGUUCAACAGCCAAUUACUACACCCAGUGAGGUAGUGCAGGGGACAGCCAUUAGCGAUCGUCCAAAGGUGAAACCAACUUGGAAGAAGGAGGGGAAAAACGUACGUAAACAGUCGGUCGUUGCAUUCCAAGCGGCAUUACAACAGCAGCCAUACCUGGAACAUAUUCCUUCAACAACAGGAACUGUUGAAGGAACAAGCAGUGCAGUUACUAAAUCACCGCAAUAUUAUACAAAUCAAAUACUAGCCCAGAUUCAACAGCAAAUGGAUAUGAAUUAUCCUUUACAUCUGCAUCAUCCCCAGAUUCGGACCCAACAGGAAUUGCUUUCUGAGCCUUGUGAUAUGAUUAAGCGACAGUGUCCAUUGUUGGCACGUGCUGAUGAAGCAUUGAUGGAUCUCUCAAAACCUGAUCCAGAUGCGACCGCGCUUAUUCAAUCAUUUAUUCCUGAUGAUGUUCUUCAAUCAGUUGAAGACAUUUCAAGCUUAUCACCUGAAGAGGUUGAGAGAAUGAGAUUCAACGCUUCUGCUGCAAACGCAUUUAUGGCCGGUGUUGAAGCUGCAUCCAAAUUAAUUGGACCGAGCCCUCAUCCUCCAUUCCAAGUUGUACCCACAGAUCAUGGUGAUUUUCAGGUAGUUCAUAAUCAUCCUGAUCAGUCAGCCCCUAUUCAGUAUCUGUAUACAGCAGUACCUUCUACAACUGGAACUGCAGCUCCUCAGAGUACUAGUGCAUUCCAAAUACCCUGUCAGGAAUUUCAAGCACAACUGACUGCUGAUAAAAACACUUCUCCAUCGUCUUCAACGAGGACAAGAACAGAUGCAUCUUCCUCUGUGUGCACUCCUGCACCAGCUCCUGCUAACCAAGUCUUACCUACUUCUGUAGCGACUUCAGUGGCUGGUCAACAACAGCAAUACCAACCUCAGCUCAUCCUGAAGGCUCCACCUCCUUGGGCGAAGACUGAAAACGGCACGAGGGAACAAGUCCAGACUGGUACUCAGACCAGUUCAGAGCCCGGAAAGAAAUCCCAUAGUUCAGCUGCGCCUUCCCAAACCAUGGCUGCUGCUGCAGCUGCUGCAGUAACAGCUGUAGCAGCAUCAAAAAAGAAGCCACGAUACCUUCAUCAGAAGAGUACUCAAGCCCCACCAGUCCAUUCAGACAACAACCACACAGGUUAUUCUGGAUGUGAAACACCUGCCACCAAUCCUACUGUCACUCCUCCAUUUUGUAUGGACGUAGAUUCUGCAACAGACAGCAACAAUGACACUGCCUUAACUCUUGCCUGUGCUGGAGGUCAUGAAGAACUUGUCGAACUUCUAUUGUCAAGAGGGGCCAACAUCGAACAUAGAGACAAGAAAGGGUUCACACCCCUUAUAUUAGCUGCCACUGCUGGACAUGAAAAAGUUGUUGAAACACUCAUGAACCAUUCAGCCGAUAUGGAAGCUCAAUCUGAGAGAACAAAAGAUACUCCUCUCUCCCUGGCCUGUUCAGGAGGAAGAUACGAAGUUGUUGAAUUACUUCUCUCAAAAGGAGCAAAUAAAGAACAUCGAAAUGUAUCAGACUAUACUCCUCUAAGUCUAGCAGCAUCAGGUGGUUAUGUUAACAUAAUCAAACUGUUACUGACAAACGGAGCUGAAAUCAAUUCAAGAACAGGAAGUAAAUUAGGAAUCUCACCUCUAAUGUUGGCAGCAAUGAAUGGUCACACAGCUGCUGUAAAACUUCUACUGGAUAUGGGAUCCGAUAUCAAUGCUCAAAUUGAGACAAAUCGAAAUACCGCACUUACCCUUGCCUGUUUUCAAGGUCGGCAUGAGGUUGUAAGUCUGCUCCUUGAUCGCAGAGCCAAUGUUGAGCACAGAGCAAAGACCGGUUUGACUCCGUUGAUGGAAGCUGCUAGUGGCGGUUAUGUAGAAGUUGGAAGAGUCCUCCUUGAUAAGGGAGCUGACGUCAAUGCCCCUCCUGUUCCAUCAUCUAGGGAUACAGCACUCACAAUCGCUGCUGAUAAAGGCCAUUGCCGCUUUGUCGAACUAUUGCUUAACAGAUCGGCACAAGUGGAAGUAAAAAACAAGAAGGGUAACUCUCCUUUAUGGCUUGCUGCAAAUGGUGGCCACCUUGCAGUUGUUGAACUUCUGUAUAAUGCAGGGGCCGAUAUAGACUCCCAGGAUAAUAGAAAAGUGUCCUGCUUAAUGGCUGCAUUCAGGAAAGGCCAUGUUAAAGUCGUUAAGUGGAUGGUAAACCAUGUCAUGCAAUUUCCUAGUGAUCAAGAAAUGACUCGAUAUAUCUCUACUGUAAAUGAUAAGGAACUUCUUGAAAAAUGUCAGGAAUGCACAAAGAUAAUCAGAGCGGCAAAAGAUCAACAAGCAGCGAAGGCAAACAAGAAUGCGACUAUUCUUCUUGAAGAACUUUAUCUUGAGAAAACGAGAGAAGAGAGUAAAAAGGCCGCAGCCGCUAAAAAGAGAGAAAGAAAGAAAAAAAAGAAACUGGAGAAGAAAGAAGAAAAAAGAAAGCUACAAGCAGAAAAUCAGAAAAAUGAGAGAUACACUGUUGAAGACGAAGAAGAGGAAGAAGAAGAUUACCAGGAAGAAGAAGAAGUAAAGAGGACUAUCAAAGAAAUAAAAGACAAAACACCUGGCGAAGUGGCUGCAAUAAGCGAUUCCCCAGCGAGAAUCGGGCCAAAUGGCAAUGUUGAGGGUGAAGAAGGAGAUAGUGGAAUUGAUGCGAACAGUCAGGGAAGCUGUAGCAGUAGUGAAGUUAAAACUGGAAUUAACCGGAGGAAAGAGAAGAAGAAGAAAAAGUGUAAUCAGCAAGGCCAAAAUGUUAAUUCUCCCAUCGCUCCAUCAACGAGCAAACUGGAGGAGAGGCGAACUACAAGUGUAACAAUAUCACAAACUACUUGUAUAAAGCAACAGGGUAAACAAAAUGAAAAACCUGAAACUAAAGGUACCAGGCAACAACAAACCAAAUCAAACAAAGUCCUGCAAGCUCAACAGCAGCAGCAACCGUCCCUCAACUUCGAACCUUCUCGGCAUCCUGCAGAUAGAGAAGAUUUUGAAGCAACUGGCAAUGAUGUUUAUUCCUCAGCUAAAACCAAAAAGUAUGCUAUGCCAUACUGUGAUGAAUUCAGUCCACCUAAAACAGCAAGUUCCACCAGUCCGAAGCUUGCUGGGGGGAAAAGAGAAGAAGGCUGGAAGGAAGUAGUUCGAAAGUAUCUCAAUUCGCCGUACAGAUCCAAAAAAGUCUCAGUUCCUUUAAAUGCAAUAAGUAGAGUAAUAGGCAGAGGAGGCAGUAAUAUUAAUGCUAUAAGAGCUGUUACUGGUGCUAACAUCGAAGUUGAAAAACAAAGUAAAGGUCAAGGUGAAAGAAUAAUAACGCUUAAAGGUUCAGCCGAGGCGACCAAAGAAGCACAUUUCCUCAUUGCAACUCUCAUCAAUGAUCCUGAUGUCGACAUUCUUCAGAUGAUUCCCAAAUCAAAAUCAGCUGUUGCUGUCUGGGAGAAGUCAAUGAGCACUGCUAAAUCAAAAUUGACAAACAAGUCCUCACAGACGAGUCAGGCCAUGAGCAGUAGCAGCGCUGCUACAAAAACUACUACUACCAUUGGUAAUCUAAAUGGAAAUUCUCUAACAUACAUUUCUAAAGUUUCAACUGUUAAUCCAUCAAUUUCUUCACCAAGAAUUUUGGCACCACGCCAUGCAACAGCAGUGAAUAAAAGACAGCAAACGACGAGUGCCAAUGCACUUGCAUCAGGAACAAAAACUACUAUGUCAUAUACAAGUGCAAUAAUGACAUAUGCCAGGAGUAGUGGCUCUAGCGGAAAGAAUGGGUCAAAUUCAGGAAAUUCCCAAACGUUUGCUGCAAAGCUUUCAACUAUUGAGUCUCAACAACCUCCUACGACAUCAUCUACCAUCACAGGCACCUCUCAAUUGAGUGUACCUGUUACUGUCCUUGUAUCAUCAAGCAGUACAACAUUGAACACAACACCACCUUCUACACUUAUUGUUCCUGCUUCUCCUCCUCAGCUGAGACAGCCAUCCCCACCUAUUACAGCAGUUACACCUCCUACGCCGAGUAAACAGCUCGUUACUUCUAGCCCAACAGUUCCAUCUACUGCUACUUCAAUUUCACAAAUAUCUCCUAAUGAAACAUCGCCUACUCCUCCACCAACAUCAACAGCACCAACUACACCUUCAAAUCCUACAACUCUUGAAUAUUCUCUUUUCAAUGAUAACUUCACUAAGGUGACACAACAGUCGAUGUGGGGUGGACGUGAGAACGAGCAAAAGGGCAUGAACUUUGCAAGUGUAGCUGCAAACGGAAUGCCUAACCCAAUGGUUAUGACUACUAUAUCAAACAAAUAUCUUGACCCAUCACCACCACAGGUCGAUGCCUCAAAAGCACCAGGAUACCCAAUUUAUAGGGGAAAUUCAGUUUGCUCCCCAGUGGCCAAAGGUUCAACGCCUACAACUUCCUCUGGAACGUCAACUCAACAAAAUUAUUAUCCUGCACCUUCUGAGCCCUUGCAGACAGUUAGACCACCGCCUCCACCUCCUGUUUAUGCUUCCACUGCCCCCCAAUCGACUGAAUUGGAACAUACAGCUUAUCACCCAUCGCCUGCUACCAUCUCUAGGCUUAAUCCCAGGGCGCCAGAUUUUGCGACAAACUUCAAACCGCAAAUCUAUCCGAGUGGAGCCCAAUAUUUACAGCAGCCAAUUAUUCCAAACAGCAAUGUGAUAUCGUUUCCAAUUAAUAAAUAUCCAGGGGCGAGACCAAAUGGACAGAGGUGGCCAAUUCUUGCACACGGUUACCCUCAAACAGACGUAACCCACUUGUCAUCUUUAGCAAUGAGCCAGGCAGGAGAUCUUCUUGGUACAUUGGAAAACGGAGUUUCUCCCAAUGUUUCACCUUCCUCUCCUCAAACAGCACAACAGCAGCAACAACAGCAAGAUGACAGAAAAAUACCACCAAGACCAAUCGGAACAGAGAGAGCAUGGAAAAAUUAUAACAUCUCUACCCAACAAGAAAUGGAAAUGAACCAACCAUGGCUGUUGGAGCCUAAGUUGUCCUGGCAAGGCACAAAUAUGGGACCAAACCAGGGCUUAGACAGACAUCAUAUGUACAGAAAUGCUCCUAAUCCAGGACCACCACCUCCAUUCUCCAGGAUACCAAUUCAGCCUGAAGACUUACCUCACAUAAUUGACACCCAAUACCAGGCUGGUCUUGAUGGCACUGGUCAAUUUAAUGCUGGAGCUGGCAUCUCAAUGAUGCAUUCUCUUCCCGUCAUCAACCCACAUUACAAUGUACCUGCUGUGGCAGCAGCUGCAGCUGCAGUCGGUCAAGAAUUGAGUUCAGCUUCUGAUUGGGAACAAGCAAGGCUCCCAAUGCAAGAACUUCCUCAGGACAAAACACAUAUUGGGUCUACUACCCUCGGGCCUUUUGUACAUUAUUCUUAUAUGUAUAAAUAAAAUGUGGAAUUUUCAUGUUUAUUAUUCUGCAUCUCAGGGAUGGAACACCAAAUGGAGCCAUUAAAGUAAAAUGCAUUCCUGUCAAUUGGCAAAAUUUGUUUUUAUGACAAAUUCUGUCUGUACAUAUUCCAUCAUGUGAGAGAGCCUACGUCAACCUUCCUCCGAUACAAAAGAAGACAUCACCGAUAUGAGACGAUCACUGAAGACUACAAGUAGUCCAAAAAGCUAAUCAUUUUGUUGCAUCAUUUACUUUUAUUUGUUAAUGUUUAUUUUUACCAGAUAAUGUUUUGUUUGAUUAGCUUUAUAUUUAAGCAGAAAAAAAGUUGUCAUUUUGUUUUAUAUAAAAAAAAGAAAGUAAUCUCAUUCAUACUUAUAAAUAAAAGUAAAGAAAAAAAAUUGUACAGUUGCUUUAUCAAUAUAUCGAAUUAUUGUAUAUAAAAUUAUCUUCUAAUAAGAAAUGGUGACAAUUAUUAUGACUAUUUAUAUAUUCACACAAAAAGAAUACAUGAUAAGAAGUUAUUGAAACUUGAUUACAUUUCCCAAUGUUCUGGUAGAUAAGUGUAAAUGCUUCUUUUUCUAUUUUUUAUUUUAUUUUAAAGGUAUGGUUUUUCAUGGAGGGAUCAUAUGGUCUUAUGUUUUCUAUUAAUAAUAAUGAUAUUAUAUGUGUUAUAAUAUUUAUAUAUACACGUAAAUAAAUAUUAUUAACAUGUAUAAAGAUGAAAAAUUGUCAUUUUUCAAAUACAUAUGUGAAUUGCUAAUACGUCUAGCUUGUCAUGAAAAUCAUGAAUUUGAUUAAACUAUACUAUUAUACCACAAAAAAAAGUAGUGCGGCUGCGAUUUUAGGGGUAAUGGAGGGACUUUGAAUUGUCCCAGAAUUAGUCAGGUUAGGAAAUAAAAAGAAAAAUAAUGUUCCAAAGAUGUUGCCAGUAUAAAGAAUAAAGUUUAUCAACUGUCAAUAUGCUUUGGACAAUUAUGUAUCUAUAUUGCUUGUACAUGAAGACUUAAAAUAUAUCUUUAUGCACCAUGA